AUGGGAGCUUCGCAAUCCAAAAAUCUAGCAAAAGCUUCUAAAGCAGCCUCUUUAUCAGCUUCAAAUACUGCACGCAAAUACCCAACUCGAACUCCGCCGCCCUCAUCUCCCCGCACAAAUGUAGAACCAAGUCAACCAAGCCCUUCCGCAAAACUGGGGCCAACUGUUCACCCAGAGGCAAGCUCCUCAUCUACAAAGAACCAAUCAAUAAGUUUUGAUGCAUCCGAUCCAGAUAUUGGUCUCAAUUCUCGCCUUCGUGAAUUAGGUCCUGUUACACCUUCACCUACUCUCUCCAAUUCAUCUACAUUCAACCGAGCCUCAGCGCAAGAUCCCAUCACAUCCGGCAACAAUUUUAUCCCUUCUGCUUCCACACCUUCGCAGUCGAUAUUUCCAACCGCAAACAAUCCUGCGGUUUCCCUUCUGGCGGCGAGAUCUAGAAUAGCAGAAGAAGCAGAGAGGGACUUCGAGAAAAUUGGCAGGAAGGGAUUCCAGGGAAGGAAAUAUCUGGACGUUGCGACUAUUCGAACAGUACUGGUUUACAGGUCUGAGGGCAUGCCUGAUUCCGAAAUUGAGGAGAGAUUAGAACUUAGACGUGGCAUUGUAAAGAGUCUGGGAGGUAAUGUGGUGAGUGUGGCAGGCGUAUGA